ACAAGAUUAAAACUUUAAAUGUUUUGAAUGGGAUUAAUAAAACAUUAAACACAAUCAAGUGAUGAGUUAACUCCCUUGAUCCUUGAUGCCAUUUCAAUGAAUCCUGAAAUUCCUUUGAUCAACAAGAUCAACACGCAGGAUCUGUAUAUAUAUCCAUGCGGAAUCAGUAAACAACAUUCAGUCUUAGAGCAAUCUACAGCACAUGAACUAACACAAACAGCGAUAAACAACAAACAAGCAGAAUUAAAUCACGAACUUUGACACAAGAGAAGAAAACAAUAUGGAUAAUUACACAACAGAAUCUCUCUUGGAUGUCUCAUCAUAUCACUAUAGCAACAACUGCCUCAUGGAGUAUGUGUCACCUAGCAACACUAAUAUGAACAGCACGCUCUAUGGAUCUCUUCAAGGAGAACCCGUUGACAGUAGCAUCAAUUUGGACUUCAUGUACCCACUACAAGAGAUGAAAGUGUCUGACCUUGCUGCCAUGUUCUUGGAUGAGGAGACUGGUUACCGAGAUACCACACCUCUCGUAUCUACUACGCCACUUCCAUCACCUGAACAAAUGGGCCAGAUCUUCUACACUUGUGACACUCAUCACAGUGAUAAUAUCAUGGAUAUCACACCAGCGAUGGAUUAUAACAGCCCGACACCAAACGUGGAUACAACUCUACAAGAUAUCACACCUACAAUCCAAGCCAACAUGAAUGACACUCUCUACCAGCAUAUGGUGAAUGAUAUCAACAGCGAUGAUACAUGUGAUAUCCCCAACAUGGAGCCACAUCAGCAUAACAUCAUAUCCAGCUCCCAAUGCUCUGCUAACAACAAACUCCAGGAUAUCACCCCAACUCUCUACACAGUGAAUGACUCCAUCCUCAGAGACAUGGUGAAUGAUCUCAACACUGAUUUUCAUAGCGCAUCACCAAACUUUAAGUCGCCACUGCCAAAGAAACCAAGUCGCAAGCCACAAGUUGGUGUCUCCAACAAGGACAAGACUGCACUCAAUUGUACCUACUGUGGGAAGAGAUUCACCAUGUAAACUUCAAGAACCACAUCAGAGUCCAUACUGGAGAGCGACCAUACUCCUGCAACAUCUGCCACAAGACAUUUGCCCAGAGCGCCACUCUCAAGACACACGCCAGGACCCACACAGGCGAGAAGCCAUUCAGCUGCGAGUUCUGUCAUCGUGGCUUCAGUGACUACUCUACCUACUCCAAGCAUGUCAGGACCCACACUGGUGACAAGCCCUACAGGUGUGACACCUGCCCUGCUGCUUUCGCCCAGUCUGGGAACCUGAACCGACAUCAGAAGAUUCACUUGAAGGGAAACACCAGGAAAUCCAAGUUCAUGAGAUAAUCUACUAGGUUACACACAAUGGACAUUGAACAUUUAUACACUAACUUGUGUAAUGAAGUCAUUUAAUGCCAAAUUCAAUGAGUUGCCAAAUCUCAUAUUUUAUUUCUAUGUUACAAUGGUCGAUGAAAUGCAUAUCUUUUAAACUAUUACAAAUGAUUGUAUAUAUAUAUUUUAACAAAGUUUUAUAUGUGAAAUAAAUAAUAUAAUCAAACAUAUUUUUGCUUUGUUUUCUCCUACUUUUGUUGAAUGAAUCUGACACCAUCAGUAAUUAGGAGAGUACUCACUAUGACGCUCAAGUAUAUCAAUAAGAGCCCCGCCAUAGAUCAAUAAGGUGCAAGACUCUACACUGCCACAUCUUGCCGCCUCGUGAAGAGCUGUUGUUGACCUAGCAACACUCCUAGAGGCAACAGACACACUGUGCAGAAUGUGGUAGUUGACAUCAAAUCCUAGGAUAAAGAUUCAACAAUUCAAAUCAUGUAAUUUUCGAAUCAAAGAACAUGAAACGAGCUGAUGCAAUGACUCCAAAAUUAGCUUUACAUCAACCCUGAAUGAUUUCUGCUAGAUUGCUAAGCUUUAAUCACAGGUGAACAGCGAUACCAAUGAUUUUUAAAUAAAUAAAGAUAUGGCAUGGUUAUCAAUCUGUGUUUAUUUAUAAUU